AACGUCUACGGCAAGAUGAGGGUGAUUGUAAAUGGGAAAGGAGGGUACCCAAUGGCUACCUAUCAGGAAUUUAUACAGCAGAACGAGGACAGGGAUGGAGUGAGAUUCAGCUGGAAUGUAUGGCCGUCCAGUCGUAUAGAGGCCACCCGUAUGGUGGUCCCCCUGGGGUGCCUGUUUACACCGCUGAAGGAGCGUCCAGAUCUCCCCCCAAUCCAGUACGACCCGGUUCUGUGUACCAGACCCACGUGUCGCGCCAUCCUCAAUCCCUUCUGUCAGGUCGAUUACAGAGCUAAAGUCUGGGCCUGCAACUUCUGCUUCCAAAGAAACCCAUUUCCUCCGCAGUAUGCCGCAAUAUCAGAUCAACAUCAGCCUGCUGAGAUUAUACCCCAGUUCUCUACCCUGGAAUACACAAUUACAAGAGCUACCUGCCACCCUCCAGUUUUCCUGAUAGUUUUAGACACAUGUAUGGAUGAAGAGGAUUUACAGGCAGUUAAGGAAUCUCUACAAAUGUCACUAAGCUUGCUGCCACCAAACGCCCUGAUUGGUUUAAUCACUUACGGAAAAAUGGUCCAAGUUCACGAGCUCGGCUGUGAAGGCUGCUCCAAGAGUUAUGUUUUUAGGGGAACCAAAGAUUUAACAGCCAAACAAAUUCAGGAAAUGUUGGGUUUACAAAGAGGUGGUGCAACACAGCAACAAAGAGGUCCACAGCAGCAGCAACAACAGCAACAGUUGCCCUCCAAUAGAUUCCUGCAGCCUGUCCACAAGUGUGACAUGAACCUGACAGAUUUACUGGGGGAGUUACAGAGGGACCCCUGGCCCGUGUCCCAGGGAAAGAGGCCCCUCAGGUCCACAGGGGUAGCUCUGUCUAUAGCUGUGGGGCUCCUAGAGUGCACAUUUCCCAACACUGGGGCACGGAUCAUGCUGUUUGCUGGUGGGCCGUGCACACAGGGACCUGGAAUGGUGGUGGACGAUGAACUGAAAAACCCAAUCAGAAAACAUCUGGACAUCGAGAAAGACAAUGUCAAGUACAUGAAGAAGGCUAUGAAGCACUAUGAGAUGUUGGCCAAUAGGUCCGCUAAGAACGGUCAUGUGGUUGAUAUAUACGCCUGUGCUCUGGAUCAGACCGGGUUACACGAGAUGAAGUUUUGUCCUCGAUACACAGGAGGUCACAUGGUGAUGGGGGAUUCCUUUAACACCUCCCUAUUUAAACAGACAUUCCAGAGGGUCUUCUCCAAGGACGCCAAAGGGGAGUUCAAGAUGGGGUUCGGUGCUACUGUAGAGAUCAAGACCUCUAGAGAACUGAAGGUGUCGGGAGCUAUCGGACCGUGCGUGUCCCUGGGGGUGAAGGGUCCGUGUGUGUCUGACACAGAGAUGGGACUGGGGGGCACCUGUCAGUGGAAGAUGUGUGGGCUCUACCCUAACAGUACCCUCGCCCUCUUCUUUGAAGUUGUCAGUCAGCACAAUGCCCCAAUACCACAAGGUGGCCGAGGGUACCUACAGUUUAUCACACAGUAUCAACAUUCUAGUGGACAGCGCAGGGUCAGGGUCACCACACUGGCCAGAAAUUGGGCUGAUGCGAGUACAAACAUCCAGCACAUCGCGGCAGGUUUUGAUCAGGAGGCGGCGGCGGUGCUGAUGGCAAGAAUGGCGGUGUUCAGGGCGGAGACGGACGAUGGUCCUGACGUCCUGAGAUGGCUAGACAGAAUGUUGAUCAGACUUUGUCAGAAGUUUGGAGAUUACCAUAAAGAUGAUCCUAACUCAUUCCGAUUUUCUGAUAAUUUCUCCCUGUACCCACAAUUCAUGUUCCAUUUAAGACGGUCACAGUUUUUACAAGUUUUCAACAACAGUCCCGAUGAAACUUCAUACUACAGACACAUGUUGAAUGUGGAGGACCUGACCCAGUCCCUGAUUAUGAUCCAGCCUAUACUGUACGCCUACUCCUUUAACGGGACGCCCGAGCCCGUCCUACUAGACACCAGCAGUAUACAGCCCGACAGGAUCCUACUCAUGGAUACAUUCUUCCAGAUCGUGUUGUACCACGGAGAGACAAUUGCGUUAUGGAGGAAGCAGGGAUACCAAGAUCAGCCAGAAUAUGAGAACUUUAAACAGCUCCUCAACGCUCCGGUGGACGACGCCCAGGAAAUCCUACAGACCAGGUUCCCGAUGCCGCGGUACAUCGACACCGAGCAUGACGGGUCACAGUCCCGUUUCUUGCUCUCACGAGUCAAUCCAUCACAGACCCACAACAACGCCUACGGAUGGGGUCAGCAAUCCUCUGGAAUGGAUGGAGGCGCAGCGGUUCUGACAGAUGAUGUCAGUUUACAGGUUUUCAUGGAGCAUCUGAAGAAACUGGCCGUGUCCAGCUCCUCGUGAUAGUGACCACUGCUAAUGACCCAAUAAAGACAAAGUGACCGCUCGUCACACCAGCAUUAUCAAGUGCCAAGGACAGUCAGACAUUUGUGUCGGACAUCAAAAUGAACACAAAUCGUGCAAUUCACUGGAGCUCUGUAGGAUUUUUAUGAACCUGAUUUUAUAUAACACUUUUCAUCUCAUCGUGGUUAUGUGUGUAUGGUGCCUGGUCUUACGGAGAUGAGUAAAUGUUUGUGCCUGUGGUUGUAUGGAGAUUUUAUGCCUGAUUUGGCACUGCAAGGUGCCCUUCAUUGUUUGUGAUAUUAGUGUUGUUACUAUGGACAUUAUUUAUAAAAUGAAUUGUUGUACAUGCUUAAUAAAUUGACAAUUACUUAGG